CGUGCGAUCAGUGUAUGUGUGUGUCGUCGAUUAGUUUGUACGGUUUUUAAUAAUGAACAGUUCAGUCAUUUGAUGAAUAAUAAAGGUAACUAGUAGUGCGAUGUUCCGGCUUUUGAGAUGUUAUGUGAUACCUUCGCACAACUUGUCAGUCACAACAGUGCAAAGAAACCUGCAACAAAAUAAUCACAUUUGUUCGUUCUGCAAUUUUCAUCACCUCAAGUCAAUCACCUAUUUCAGAAAUGGCUCUCUUCAUCGUCGAAUGGCAAGUACGAAUACGGCAACUGCGGAUAAAGCAACACCAAAAAAUAUUAAACAUAAGGAGAAAAAGUAUGCAGAGCUCUUGGAAGUAUCCGGUCGGAAAACAAAGAAUACAAAAGCUACCGUCCAAAAGUUGAACGCUGUCAGUGUAUCAAAACUUGCUAAUGAACCUGAGAUUAGCUUGGAUCAAAUUCACGAAAUCGACGGUUCAAAUACACUACCGGGUGACGAGACAUGGGAAGCAGAAUGUGAGCAAGACAUAGCGCUAAUUGAAUCCGAGGAUUUGGUUCCCCAAAGGAAUUUGGAAAGCGAGGAUAUCGAAGAGGACCCUAUGGCAUACGGUGCCUUGGAUCAAACUACGCUCAUCAAGAAUACAUUGGUGUAUUCCAACUUAAAAGAUUAUUCUGAAGAUGUAGCAGAUGAAAGCACUUUUGAUUCUGAAAUAAUCAAUGAGACUAUUCCGAAAAAGAAGAAAUCGAAAGUAACAAGAUCUGACAUCUUCGCAAACAAAGGAGUCAAGGCAGUGCAUGUAAAAUCGAAGGAAUUAACUGAGAGGGCGAGAAGAGUGAGUUUCGUACGUAAUCUGGAGGCAUAUCUGAACGUUAGCGUCAAUAGUGGAAUGUCAUCCGAAGCAUCACGCUCAUUGUUAUGGUAUAGAAAACGAGGAAUGAGCCAUAAGACUAUAUAUGAUGCUAUUAAUAUUCGUCACUACAACAUUAUAUUACGUGCAUUUGCGUCAGUCGGCAACCUAGAGAUGUUGAAAGCUUUUGUAAGCAUUAUAACUCAGGAUUCGUUGACGCCGAAUAUCGGCACGUACGUUACUAUUUUCGAAUGUGUGGGGCGUAUCACAGAACAUCAAAGUGACAAAGGUUACCUGAAGUCUGUUGUAUCGGAUAUGAUGGCAAAGCAAAUCAGUUUCAAUGAUCUUUUGAACCAAUCAGACUUCGUAAAGGAUCAGCGAGAAAUGGUCCUUCGAGGAAUUCGCCUCUUGAACCCAAAUUUCGAGCCAAUAUAUACGCCACCAAAUACUAAUUAUGAAAACCAUCUACUUGAUGAGGUUUCAAAGGUUGAUAGUCAGGGCAAGUCGCCAGCCGAAGGAUUAUUUUCAGCGUCGGAAUUGUGUGAAAGGGCUAAACGUCAAAUCGAACUUGAAUCACUCGAUAACAUUACUGUGAAAAGUAUCGCCAUAAAUGGCGAACCCUCACCAACAGUUUUAGCUUAUAGAAAAAAACUUGUGGAGUAUGAGGAGAUGUGGAGACGUGCCGCUGUAGAAGCCUUUCGAAGAGAUGUGCAUGUUUUGAAAAGUAAAUUCAUCAUGGGAGGCUCAUUGCAACGGACUAUAAAUAUAUAUCCCUACUUAAAAGUUUUGGACGAGCAUCACUACGUUGAUAUUAUUUUAAAUGAAAUUAAACGAUUAGGUACUGGUUCCGAAAUGUACAGCCCUCCUUUAAAUGUGCUGGCUCGAGGUGCUGGCCGCAGGGUAUUUCAGAAAUAUAUGAUCGAAUUGCAUUCAAGACACGGCAGGAGUGAAAAAGCAUUCCAAAUAUACGUAAAAUAUUGUGAUCGGUAUUUAAAUGGAUAUAAUGGAAUGAAUGCACGUUCUAUCUGGCAAAAUAUCAUCCAUGAAGAAAAACGCCAUGGCCCGACGCCAAACAUAGUGAUUCCAGAGUGGCCAGCAAAUGUUUAUGGAAUUAUCGGUCGAUUUAUGUAUGACAUCAUUCUGAAGGAUAUCAGAAUUGAUAUCAAUUGUAUGGAUACCGAAAGUAAAUCUGAGAAAUAUUUGCCUGGGUUUUACAGUGUCUUUAGAAACAAUCGAUUGUUAGUUACGCAAGAGGUAAAACCGCAUCCAGUCUUAUCACAAAUAUACAAAGAAGCGCAUUUGGAUACAAUACAAUUUCGUACUCCACAUGUUCCAACAUUGAUUCCACCUGUACCCUGGCAUAAUGUCAAUUUUGGAGGAUACUUAGUAGCGUGUGAAAAAAUUAUGAGAUUGCGUGACAACUCACUGCAGCAAUGGCGUAGACUCCGAAGUACGCCGCAAAAUCAGAUGUACCCUGUUCUAGAUAGUUUAAAUCAAUUGAGUAGUAUACCCUGGAGAAUAAACAAACUUAUUUUGGACAUUGCUGUAAAGUUAUUUCAGGAUGGCGGAUCCAAAAAAUUAGAUAUCCCAGAACACGAUGCCGCAUUCCCACCUGCGACACCAACUGUGACUCCUAAGAAGUAUGCAUCAAAGGAAGAACGAAUGCACGCUGCAAAAACCAGAAUAAAGGAAAAGAGAACAAGACUAGAGGUCUAUUCUCUCUGGUGUGAUACUCUUUACAAACUGUCUUUGGCCAAUCACUUCAGGGACGAAGUAUUUUGGUUACCACAUAAUUUAGAUUUCAGAGGUCGUGUAUAUCCAAUCCCUCCACAUCUGCAUCAUUUGGGUUCUGACUUGGCACGUUCUUUGAUGGUCUUUGCUUUAGGAAAACCCUUAGGCCCAGAUGGGCUUGAUUGGCUCAAGAUCCAUGUCAUCAACAUAACAGGUCUCAAAAAAAGAGAAUCUAAUGACAAGCGGCUGGAACAUGCAAACGAGAUAUUACCAAAAAUUUUGGACAGUGCAGAAAACCCAUUUACGGGCGAGAAGUGGUGGCAAAAAUCUGAGAACCCGUGGCAAACGUUAGCUGCUUGUUUCGAAAUAGCCAAUGCUUUGAAGUCGCCAAACCCGUCUGAAUAUGUUAGUCACUUUGCCGUACAUCAAGACGGCAGUUGUAAUGGAUUGCAACAUUAUGCAGCACUUGCAAGAGAUGAACAAGGAGCGGAAACUGUUAAUCUUAUUCCAGGGAGGGAACCUCAAGAUGUCUACAGCAGCGUUGUUGCUCUGGUCGAAAAAGAGAGACAAGCAGAUGCGGAAAAGGGACAGAAAGUAGCACAAUUGCUAGAUGGGUUAGUCGGAAGAAAAGUCAUCAAACAAACUGUCAUGACUACUGUGUAUGGUGUAACACGAUUUGGUGCCAGACUACAAAUCGCUAGACAACUGAAAGAUAUUGAAUUCUCCGAAGAAUAUUUGUGGAGAGCAAGUAAUUAUUUAGUGAGCAAGACGUUUAACAGCUUAAGAGAAAUGUUCACUGGCACAAAAUUAAUUCAAGAUUGGUUGACGGAAUGUGCCCGUUAUAUCGCCCAUGAUUGCACAAAGAACGUGGAGUGGGUUACACCUUUGGGGCUUCCCAUUGUACAGCCUUACAGUAGACCCAGUCCUGUUGUUGUAGGCCAGACCCUUAAUGCAGUUGCAUUAAUGGAUAUGUACAAUCAACCGAAUGUAAUGAAACAGAAGAACGCGUUUCCUCCUAAUUUUAUUCAUUCGCUAGACUCUUCCCACAUGAUGUUGACAAGUUUGUAUUGUGAGCACGCUGGAAUCACAUUCGUCUCUGUGCAUGACUGUUACUGGACUCAUGCUUCGACAAUCCACGUAAUGAAUAAGAUAUGUCGUGAACAGUUUGUAGCACUGCACUCUGAACCAAUACUAGACAAUCUUUCGACAUUCCUGGUUAAAAAAUUCGGUAAAAGAGAAAGCGAGUUAUUUGAUGUUGAAAUUGAAACAAAACCUGGGAGAGUGAAUAAUCACAAUAUCUUGAAACAAGUCCCAACAACAGGCACGUUCGACGUGAAGAAAGUUUUGGACUCUGAGUACUUCUUCAGUUAGACAAGAUAUAUCUGUGUGGAAAUAGCAUACGAAAUGAACGUGAAAGCUGCAACAAAAAUGAAUGGAAGUUAACGUUAACAGUGACAUCACACUCGUUACCGGGGAGUCGUUUACCCGUAGGAAUUGGUGCUACUUCGCAAACGCAGUGCAGGCAAACUGAGCUAUUAGUCGUUCCCGUGUUCAGUUGAUCACCAACUCUGAUUGUUAAUUAUCCAAACUUGCAGGUCGAAUUUAAGAGCAGAAUUGUAAUCCUGACAUGGUUCUGCAAGAUUUCAAAUUUA